AUGGAUAUCAGUACGGAACUGGAUGCCUGGGCAAUGGGCGAGGAGAACGAAUACACCCAAUGCACACCCAAGCUCGAAGAGUUCACGCUGUCCAAUUUUAUCUAUGACAACGCUUACGAACAGUUCUCUAUAAUUGUCAACUAUCAUCAGCUUGUGCGAUUAGGGCUUUUCGGGAACUCCGGCGGAACCCAUUACUUUCUCCAGGAGCUUGCCGAAAGUAGCGAGGAGAACAAGCUUCGUUUGAAGCAUAUUGCUGUGGAAAUUGCGGGUGACAUCGCGGAAUCCACUGAGCUCGUUCCUCUGCGAUUAUCCUUGAAUCAGAUAUACAAGGCCUGCGAACCCCUUGAGAGCUUCCAUAUACACUACCCGCACGGCGACCACUCAUCCGACUUUGAUGUGUACGACUUCCUAAAGCCGUUCACUGAUCGCGGGCACAAUUUGCAAAGUCUGAGCUACCACGUCGAACAAUGGAACUGGGGCCAAUUAAACCACGACGUUAUAGAUGUGCUGUACCGGGUAAGCCAGGAAUCCUUUCGACAAGUAAAACAGCUUGCGGUGUACUUCGAGGAAGCAUUGAUGCUUGACGGCCUAUGGAAUGAAGAGGCCAGAUUUAUGAUCUUUAUGGUAAGUGGAAGCUAUCGCAUUCAGAGCGGCACCUCGUUCAAGGAGGCCACAAAACACGCUGGAGUCUGCGUAGACCUCAACCAACUCGCCCUCGAAAAGCUUUACGAGCGCAUCGACAUUCGCCUCUUCAGCGAAAACAACACUAAUUACAUCCUUGAACUACUAAAGGACGUAAAAGAGAACCUCCAGUAUACCAGAGAACUCGUCGUAGAAGAUGAGUGCAUCGCCGAGGAAACCACGUCUGUACAGUACGGCAGCGUUGGACUACCUGACCUUAAAUGUUGGACCGGUUCUGGCGCCACGAAUGCAGAUCCUGAAGUACGCGACAGUCGACUUGAGCAGGUCUUGGAUCUCAUCCCGGCAAAUGCCCUGCGCACAUUCCGUUUCCUCGGUCGACGAUCACUACCGUGGUGGCUGCAUAAGAAGCUCGCAUCGAACCAGAGAAAUAUCACAGACCUUCAAGUCAGUCUUACUAUGGGUCUCUUCGACAACUCUAUAAACAUACUACCAGAACUGUAUCAACGCGAAACGGAUUUGAAACGACUGGACAUGUAUAUCGUCGAUGGGUCGUCACUCAACAACCUGUUACUUGACUAUGUUGAAGCCGUCGGAAGCAACCUGCAAUCCCUGUCUUUGAGCGCCAACAUUAACACUGACGUUUCCAAGCUGCUCCGGAACCACGAAUGGCCACCAUAUCAGCCCAAACUCCCACUAAAAGAACUCAGAUUGACUGGCUUGACAUUGAUGCACAUGUACAACUCCCUAUCGACAAUCAUCGAUUUCAGCAAGCUGCAAAAGCUCGACCUAGUAGAAUGCGCCGGAGCCUUCGGAUUACUGGCGGACAUUACAAAUGCAAUGCCAAAACAGCAGUUCGAUCUUACGCACGUUGCCUUGAACGAAUUUGUUCCUCGAAUUAGCAUCAUCAAUACUGAUGACGAGCGCAACAUAAGUUUGGUCAACUUCUUCAAAUCUUGUCCAAACCUGCGCAGUCUGCACUUUGGUCAUUACGAUCUCGAAGCUCUACCACCAGGGUUGAGACAGUACCUACAAAGUAGAGGCAAGGAGCUCACAAGCCUGAGUCUAUACUCCAAAACCGAGAUAAUCGACGCCGGAGAGUUCGACCUUGUCUGCCGAUCAUGUCCAAAUCUCGAACAAUUUGCCGCCGGGAUCGACGAAGAAUUUAUAAUGGCAGAUGGGUUGUGGUACCACAACCUGAGAGACUUCGUAGACUCCCUCCGCCGCCUCCCCAAACUCCGUACCCUCCAUGUCCACCGCUCUCGCAUCUCUCUGGUCGGUGGCCUUGGCAACGGAUACGGUAACCGCUGGAACACAUCCAUGAUCUCGCUACAAGUGCAAAAGUUCGCAAACCUGCUCUUCGGCGAACUCUACACAACAAACCCAAAUAUCGCCCUCGAAACACUCAUUGUAGGCCACUUGGGGCCGCUCUUAAGGAAGAGCAAUGCUGUCGAGCUGGGCAAUGGGCGUGAGGUCAAUUCGCAGCAUUAUCUACCGCAGUUUUGCUUUGUGAGGAGUCGGCAGGAAGAUCUUUUGGGGAGGACGGCGACGACGGGGGUGAUGGUGAGUCGGGCUGUGUUGAAGAGGACGCAUGAUUAUAUGGGUAUUUUGGAUGUGGAUGCUGGGGUGGAGGCGUGGGAGCAAUGGGUUGGUCAGGCUAUCUGA